AUGUCUAAGAUGCCGGCUAAGAAGAAGAGUUGCUUUCAGAUCACGAGUGUGACUCAGGCUCAAGUCGCGGCCAACAACGCGACCGACGACGCCGAGAGCCAGGAUGACCCGGAUGAGUCCCGGACAGAGGACGUGUCCUCCGAGAUAUUUGACAUGUCCAGGGCUGACUAUGGGCCUGAGGUAUGUGACAGGAGCUCCUCAGAGGAGACUUUGAAUAAUGUGGGUGAAUCAGAGGGGCAGUUGCCCGCUGGCGCCCCUCUGAACGGCGGGUUUAGCCCACGCAACCUGGGUCACCAGGGCAUCCAGGCCUCUGGGACUCAAGCGGCGCAAGUCAUCAGUUCAUCAAGCGCGACGACUGUAACCAGCUGCAGUUCUCGCUUCAGGGUCAUUAAGCUUGACCACGGCACCGGAGAGCCUUUCAGGAGGGGCCGGUGGACCUGUAUGGAGUAUUACGAGAAGGACCCCGAGGGCUCUGUGAUGAGCAGGACUGUGGAUAGUAUAAGGCACACCAAUGUGACAGAGCCUGGAGCGGAUAGAGACAGUGGGCUCGGGGCCACCGUCGGGUCCGUUAUGGCUCAGGUGGCGCUUGAUGUAAGUUCCGACGGGUCGUCUUUCACCGGCCCGCCACAUAAUCUAGAACUGCACAUGCAUGGGUCACCUGAGUCCUUUAGUAAUAAGCCAGUUCCGGGCAGCUCUCAUGUCGCUGUCCCUCACGGUCUCCACGAUGGAGGACACCCUGGCACCCACCUUCAGAAGUCUCCCAGCAUCCCUCCUCCUCAAGUGCAGCCGCUGCUUUAUCAACCCCAGCCUAUUACGCACCAACUGCAAAGCCAGCCAGCUCUGAUAUCAACAAGUCAGCCUGAUUACGGCCUGCACAACAUGCCGAUUACAGUCACCCAGACUCUCCCUGGGGUGAGCCUUUCCGUCGGACAUGCCUUCAGUCAGGGGUCGUCCCCCCUUCCGACCCCGGCCACAGGAGGGGUGCAAGUCCUGGGUACAGUAGAAAUGUCUGGAGUCCCUGGAGGUGUUCCCUUAGGGAGCCAGCCGGUGGCAUCUGUCCCAAAUCUGGUGCAGCAUCCUGCGGUGGGGCUGUUGAGCAGCAUCGUCCCUAUGGUGUCCAUUCAGCAGCAAACGGUGGCACAAUACCAGGCCUCAGGAGUAAUGCAUGGUUUAUCGACAACUCCACAAAGCACUCUGAGCUUGCCCGUAGCAGUUGGUGGCAUGCUCACUGCUGUGCCAGGAUCUGCUACGGUACCCAAUACCUCUACACACAGCCAUGCAUCCCAGUUUCCCCGCAGUGGGGCGGCAGCGGGCACGGGCACCAGCGUCUUCAGUCAGACGGAUGAGAGUCAGAGGAUGUCUGAUGCGUCUGCGCAGGUUCACAGUAAAGACAUGGUCAAGCCCUUAAUCACAGAAGGCCUGCAGUUUCCCAAUCCGGUUGUCAACAGUCUUUUCGGAAUACCCAUUCCCAUUGAUGGGGAGGAGGACAGGUGA